CUCUCAUUUACCGUUUGCAGACGCGUCGCCAACAGAAACGAAAGUUACUAGUGAUGAAAGUUGCUUUCACUGUAGUGCGUGAGAGAAAAAUGAAAACUGAGGUUGGAGUUUUGUUUUUAUUCUUAUCCAAGAACAUUUUUCUUCUUUGAUAGACGGCGUCCGAAUGCACAAGAGAAGUUCCUUCUUUCUCUACUUGCGGAGAAAGCCCUCCCUUUGUACACCCGUUGGACGUAGCAGUAGAUUUAUUCUUGUCAUCGCGGAUUUUCAUGCCAUCCCACCACUACUUUGGCGUUAAAUUAGAGACGCCCACCGCUUUCGCCAACUAACUCGAAGUCCGAAUUUUUGCGUAAAAUUGGCUUCGGCGAGCCGGCCGCAAAGCGAAAUCUUACCCACAGGGGAUUUGUAUCCCGCGCAAUUAACGAAGUGUGCGACUGGGAGGGGCAUCUGUCGCAUACAAGCGACCACUCUAUUCACGCUGCUCGGUGUCAGCAAAGCUGAGUGCCGCUGGAGGACGACCCAAGGAUGUGUAGGAGCUCCGUAUGGGGUGAUUCAGUAUCUCAGUUCCCAGUGAACCAAAGCCUUUGUUUUCGAUUCUUUUAUUUGCAGCAGCUACAUAUUUUAACUAAAUUUAAUCGAGAUCAAUCGUUUACAGCAUUAUGCAUAAAAAACACGCUUUGUUUUUAAGUUUUUAAAAUCAUUUUUAAAUAUGAAUUGAUAAACAUGAAAAAUCCCCGACGGAGCUCGGAUGACGUCAGACGCGUCAAUUCUAGGGUGGGCCAUAGUCAGCGAUAAUUGACGCCGCCAUUUUUGACGAAGACUGACACUUAGUUCGUUUUUGCCAAGUAUGCAAGAACCUUCUCCGGGGAAUGGAAAAAUAGUUACAACUGGACUUCCGUCAAGCAUUGCUGAUUUUCGUGAAUCUGGAAUAGCCAUGAUUGGCCAGUGUAUGGAUGUAUCAGAGGCUGCACUUGCAAGUGGCAGUCAAAAUAUGGUGCUUCAAAAUCAGAAUGUACCACCAAAUGAUCCUCAAACUCAAGCGCAAUUUGAAGCUGACAAACGAGCUGUUUAUAAACAUCCUUUAUUCCCUUUGUUGGCUCUUCUGUUUGAAAAGUGUGAAUUGGCUACGCAAAGUGCUGAAGUAUCCUCAUCAGAAAGUUUUAAUAUGGACAUACAAGCCUUUGUACAACAUCAAGAACGUGACAGGAAGCCUUUUUUCAGUGAUGAUCCUGAUGUUGAUAGCUUAAUGGUGAAGGCUAUCCAAGUAUUAAGGAUACACUUAUUAGAGCUGGAGAAGGUCCAAGAGCUUUGUAAAGACUUUUGCAAUCGAUAUAUAGCUUGUUUAAAAAACAAGAUGCAGAGUGAGAAUUUACUAAGGCCAGAUUAUCCUGGAUUAGGAAAUAAUAUUCCAAGUUCAGGUUCCAGUACUCCUUCUAGUGGAGGAAGCAGCUCACAACCUCUUCCAGUUCCUGGAAGUAACGGAACAAUCAAUAAUUAUGUGAUUCAAUCUCCUAAUCCAAUGCCUGUGAAUAACAACAAUAUCCAAAACCAGAUUGUAUCUGGUGGUAGUUUAUAUCAAAUGGUUCAGACACCUCAAGGUAUCAUGGCCCAACCAAUUCAGGUUAGUCCGAACUCAAAUGCUCACAUAGUUCAUGGAAGUACUCCAUUAUCUCAAAUUGGUGCAUCUUCAAUACCUCAUGACAAUAGAAUGCCACCAAUCGCGCCAAGACCUCUAAUACCUAGUGGUGAUGAUGACGACGACGAUAUAAUGAGUAAAAAGAAGCAAAAGAGAGGUGUGUUACCUAAGCACGCCACAAGUAUUAUGAGGAGUUGGCUUUUCCAACACAUUGUGCACCCAUAUCCAACAGAGGAUGAAAAGAAACAAAUUGCUCAUCAGACCAACUUAACGCUUCUGCAAGUUAAUAACUGGUUUAUUAAUGCAAGACGCAGGAUUCUACAGCCCAUGUUAGAUGCCUCCAACCCAGAAAGCAACCACAAGUCUAAGAAAUCAAAAACACAAUCUAAUCGACCUGUUCAGAGAUUUUGGCCAGAAAACAUUGCCUCUAUUCAGCCUCAAGUUCAAAAUCCUGACUCUGAAGGAAGUCCUUCUGAUGAGAACAAUCAACUUACUAAUCCAGGUGAUCCUCAAGCAAGUACUUCAGGCAUGAAUAUAAACCAGCAUAUGAAUCAUUAUGCUGGUGGCAGUAGUACGACACCAGACACAGGUCACUCUUCUCCAGACGGCAAUAUCAGCCAAAAUUGCUCUGACGUAGAUGCUAAUAAAGUUCCCUCAAUCGGUAGCUUAGACGAUCUUAGUAUGAGCUGUAACACAAGUACAGAUGAAGAAAACGAUGACGACGAUAAGCGAUAGCUAAUCUUUUAAAACUGUUGUUGCGUUGUUAUAAAACUUUGCCAUCACCAUAUCUCAUUUUCAACUUAUAAUGGAGUAUACUUAUUUUAGCAUCAAAUGCAUCAGAAAGUGGCUUUGUUUUGUGAUAAAAUGUUACUCACUCAAGUUUAUUGAGCCUAUUUUAAAUUAACUUGGAAUUAAAAUAACCCACACUAUUUUAUUAGCUUUUUUAAAGGAUUAAACAUUUACAAUUUUAAGUGUGCCGGUUAGUUAUUUAAAUUGCAUAGCUCAUUUUAUAACAGGAAAAAUUACUAUGCAUAUUUUUAUUAGCUUUUUUUAGAGUAUAAAAAACUCUCAGUUUCAAGUUGCAUAUUUGGUUAAUUGAAUAGUUUAUCUUAUUUUACUUCGGUAGAAAUUUUAAUAAACAUGACAGUAAAACUGCCAAUACUAUUUUUAAAGAUUAAAAAUUUACAAUUAUAGUGAAUCAUUCAGUUCAUUAAACAGUGUUUUAUAGUUUUUUUAAGGUCUGAUUCCAGGUCUUAUUUUGCGGGUUGAACAUAAACUUAAAAAAAGUUUAGUGACUAGUCUAGAAAUGGGCACAUUUUGAUUCUUUAAAUUUAAUACUGUUCCUUUUCCAUCACUCUCUUAAGGAAACUAUUAGAAUAUUCGAUUUUCAAUGAGUAGUUUGUCUAAAGUGAUCAUUUUAGGUAUUUUUUUGCAUAUAAAUUGUUGUGAUUCACGUAAUAAUUACACUCAUGAGUUUAAAUUAGGAGUGAAUAAAAGCAAAAUUGUUAUUUAUUGGUUAGAACACUUUCUGAUGUAUGCAUUUUUGUUCAGUUUUAGUUGUUGAAAUUGUGUAUGUGUCUUUUUGUGAUUUUAUUCUUAUUAUUAUUUUUAAUCAGAAAGAGCUUAUUUAAAAUAACACAGUGUGAGAUUAUUGAUUUUUUUUAUUGAAUAAAUUUCUUUCAGUUUAGGGAGAUAUUUUAUUUAUCAGUGAAUUAGUUUGUAUGAUAAAGAUGGUUAUUCAGUGUUUAUUUUUUUAUCAAUUGAUGUAUAUUUUGUUUAUAUUUGUACUAUUAGCUUUGUAUUUUUAUAUUUUUUAUUUAAAAAAAAUUGAGAUUUAAAUCAGGGCUAUAGAGUCUGUGUUGGACGAUUUCACAGGAAUCUGAAUCAAAUUAUUUGCUUUACUCCAGUUAGUUAAAAAUUAAGUCCUGUUGGUAAAAAAAAAAAAAAGUCUUUGAUCUUAUUAAAAUUAUUUAGACAGAUAUUUGUUACUAUGUGGAUAAAACUAUAACUUAGAUUUCAUUGCAAUUAUUAAACAAUUUUAAAUAUUUGUUGAAUUAACUUACAAAUUAAUUAUGUUAUACUAUAAAAUGCUAUUAUGCAUGUUAAUCAUAUCUGAGUGGCUACAUAGCAGGGAAAUUCCAGAGAAUUUUGUUAAUUUGAAAGAAACGUGAGUAUUGUAAGGAUCAUUUCAGUUUGAAAUAUCUAAAUGACUGAUGUAUUUUUAUUUUUUUAAACUUUAAGUUCUAAUGAUAAGGAUGAGUGUUUUUUAACAUAUUUUUUUAUAAGAAUACGAAAUGACUGGAAUAUUAGUUAGUAAUUAUUGAAAAAACACACUCAAUUGAUAAAAAACUGUCUGAAAAAAAAAUCGGGAGAUCUUUUUCCAAAGAGUUUUUUGCCCCCUUGUCUACGUAAUAAGAAAUAGAACUAUGUAAUUUGAGGUUAGCAUAUUUACUUAAUGAUAAUGUUAAUACUUUCCUGUGAGUCAGGGAAAAUUUUGAUCAAGCUCAAGUUGGAGUCAAAAGUUGAGCAUCUUUAACUACUGACUAUAUAGCUCUGAUUUAAAAGUUGUGUGUAAACUGAAUUACUCAAUAUUAUUUUUCUUUUCGAGCAAAAAAUAACCAAGAAAUUGUAUAACUGAAAUACAUUGUUAUCUUAUUCCUCGCACUAUUAUUGUAAUUUACUUAUUGUUAUUUAUGACAGUAUAAUGUGGCACAUUUCUCUACAUUGUAAAUUUUAAGAUUAAUAAUGAUGAGUGUUAUUAGAAAUUCUGUGGCACUCACAAUUCCUUUAAAAGUGUCUAAUGUUCUUAAAAAUCAUUCGCAAAAUAUUUAUUCUUGAAAAUUAUAUAGGAUUAUAAUAAAUAUUAAUCCAUUACUAUAAAUUCAACUCUGUUUUGAAGUUAGUGUUGAAGCUAGCAUAAUUGAUAGUUGUAUAUAUAGUUGUUCAUUCUGCAUUUAUAACCUAAAACAACUUUUUUUUUCCAAAAUUUAUUCUAGGAAAUUUUAGGUGUCUGGUUUAAAAGUAAUAAUUCUUUUUUAUUUUUUUAUUUUUAGAUUCCAAUUAUUUGUUGUCUGUUUGUAUGAAAAGUGAGAUGAAUAUAUUUAUGUUGAAAUACGUGAUAGUUUUAAAUUGUGAAAAAAAAAGUGUUAUAAUCAGGAUUUGUUAUUUUUAGUUUUAUCUGGAAACAAUUUUACUUAUUUUUAUUAUUUUUUUUUAAUAUUAUAAGUUUAUAAAACCUUGCACAGUUUGCACCAAUCUAUAUUAAUGUGCAAAUUAAAUUAUACCAGUGCAAGAAGAUUGUAUAAAUGCAACAACUGAUUUUAUUUAUUACUGAGUGGACAGUAUAAUUUGGUGAAAUUAAAUGAAUGUGGUAUUUAUGUGUUAUCUGUUUUUUUUUUUCUAAAUUAAAAUUUUCGAAACUUGUUAUGAUUUUUAAAUAUUACUGACAUGUACAGGUGUGUUAUUUAUUAAUAAGUUACUUUUGUAUACUUAUUAAAAAUAAUUGUUAAUUAUUGAAUUUAAUGGGAUAUCUGAAAAUUCAAGUUUUAUUUUUUCACAGGAUAAAAAUAUUUACCCAUCAAGCUUAAACAAAUCACCCUUAUUAUAAAUGGGUUUCUUACGAAUUAUUUCUGUAGAAUAUAAUAAAAAGGGUGUGAAAAAUAGUUUUAAUUCUUUUAUAAAAAGAUGAAAAUUUAUUUUAAACUUUGUAUGAGGAAAAUAAUUUGUAAAUCUUAAUAUUGGUAUUUCUUAUAAUUUUUAUGAGAGUAAAUUUUCAUUGAUGAAAAUAUUAACUUCAAUUGGUUUAAAGUUUAAAAAAAAGUUGUGUAUAAAAUUUAAAAAGUAUUUAAUGACCUUGACCUUUAAGUAUUUAAUGACCUUGACAAAGUGGUUCAGUCGCAACUUUAAUUCAUUGUUUGAUGGGUACCUAGAGUAUAUGUUAAAAAAUAUUUAGUGAGUUUGAUAAGCAAAACUUUUUUUUUUAAAUUAACUAAGCUCUUCGAAAUUGUUGAUUAAUUAUACUUCAUUUAGAGAAAGAUUUAUUACUUUUGAAGGUCAUAUUUAAUUUUUAAACAAACUUAUGUUCGAUUUUGCUCAAAUUUAUCUUUAAUUCAAACUUAUGUUCAAUUUGCAGAUGCACAGCCUUAAAUCCUAAUUAGUUUCUUGUCAGAUUUGUGGUGCUUUCUGUUUGACAGCAUUAAUAAGCUGUGAAUGCAGACACACUGGUUUUAAAUAAAAAUGACUUGUAUAAAAAUGAAAUACUCUGAAAUGAAAUAUAUAUUUUUUAACUAGUAGAGUUUGCCAACUGUUUUAAAUAAGACCUUCAUUUGCUUAUGCCUUACUUAUUAUUUGAUGAUUAAUUGCUUUAAAAAAGUAACAUUAAAAAUUAAUUUAUUAAAACUGAUUAUUUUUAUCAAAUUUUGAUUUUGAAUGACGCUAUUUUUUUUUUAAGCUUCAGAUAAAAAAUUAUUUUUUUUAUUCUUUUUAAAAAUUUUGUAAACCAAUUGGUGAUUUUUGACAGUUUUCAAUAUUUAUUUCUACUACUUAAAUUGUUCAUUUUAGUUAGAAAUAUAGAAGAUUCUCAUAAGUUUUAAUGGAAAAUUUAGCUUAUUAGUUGAAAGUGACAGUAUAUAUUUUUAAUGAUUAAUUUUAAAGUGUGUGAAAUUAACAAUAUGAUGUAAAAAUUUUAAUUCACUUAAUAACUAUUUAUAAAACUCGAACACGAAUGCACUUUUGUUAUGUAAAUUAGUUUUUUUAAGUUUUAAAGUGUAUUUAAAAACUUUGUUUAUACUGAUUGUAUUAAUUGUACAGAUGCGAAAAUUAUGAAAUAGAAUUAUUAGUCAGAAUUAUGUUGAAGUACUCAAAUAUGCAUAAUUUUAUGAAAAACGUUGUCACCUCAUUGUUCUGUUUUUAUUUUUAAAUUUUUCUCCCAAGCCAAGCUUUUAGGAACUAUUUCGUAUUUAAAAAAAAAUAUAGGCAGUAUCUAGUCCAAAAAAUGUAUCAACUCUUCUAAGAUUUUCUGUACAAUUUAACAUAAUCUAUAAAAGAAAUUUAGGUACUAAGAAUAUUUUUACUUUCUCAGCUUUUUAGUUUUACAUUUUAUUUUUGUGUUGUGCAAUUUUUUAAUGAUUUUUUUUAAUGAUUAUUUUGAGUGUUUAUUUCAGGUAAAUUUUUACUUUUACUAUAAAACUUGUAGUUAUAUGUACAUAAAACUUAGCUUUUAAAAAUCCUUGUUGAAUUGCUAGAAGAAGUAUGUUGAAUCUGUGGCUGGAAUUGGUCCAACCCUUGUUAUUGUAAAAAGUUUUAAGGACUUUUGCAUUUGUUAAUAAAUUUGAAAUCUUUGACAAAAAA